GUCAGUUUGCAAACAAAGAUGGCGUCGGGGCAGCGAGCCUUCGCUCAGAAGCUGUCCAAGCAGCAUGCAGCUGAUGUGCGAAGGACAGUGAGCUCAGUGACAACUGGGAAGGAUCCUCCUCGAUCUGCUAGUGUAUCAACACUCUCAACGCAUGAUACACUACAAGAAAAUGUGGAUCCUAUUGAUUAUGAAGAUUUCCUAGACCAACACCAACUGGAGGCAGACCGUGAUCCAGUAAGGAAAAUUCUCUACUUCCCUCCAGAUGACAUUGUUGUAACUUUGAUCCCACGCCAGAUCCGCACACUUGAGCCAGUUGUGCCAGAUGAAGGGGAUGGUUUUGAUGCCCAUGUAGCAGACUGUGUACGCUGUUAUACUAGAGACUGGUUGUAUGUUAGCCGUCAGUACCUUCAGUAUUCCACCUCUGUGCCUGGCCGCAGUCAGUUAACUGCAGACCACCUGGCAAAUUUGCAGUCCUGUCCACAACCAGAGUUUGAGGUUGACCUAGAAGAUGACCGUGGAUCCACUGAUGCUGAUCGACAUGAUGUUGGAAGUAGCAGGCACUCGUCACAUCUCUCGGACACUCCAAGAGGAAGUUGGGCAAGCUCUGUGUUUGAUCUGCGGAAUUCUGUUGCUGACCCUCUUCUUCCUUCCCUGUUGUCACGCAUUCCACUGGAUACAGUUGACAAUAAUAAUCAACAAGCUAGGCUUGAAAACAGACAGGAAUCUCUGUUUAUGUUGUAUCCUCCUCAAGAUGAAGAGGAUAUGAUAGAGCGCCGGCUAUAUCCAGAUGUUCCAAUGCCACAUUCAGGUCACCGCAUUCAGGUCAAGUGUAUUAAUCUUCGCCUAGAGCUAGAAAUUGAGCCAAUAUUUGCAACGAUGGCACUAUAUGACCUCAGGGAUAAAAAAAAAAUAUCGGAAAAUUUUUGUUUUGACAUGAACCCAGAACCACUUAAGAGAAUGUUAACUUCACACAUCCCAUAUCAGGACAUUUCUACUUUGAGUCGCACAUGUAUUUUCGACAUCACCUAUCCAUCUAGUGACUUGUUUCUUGUUGUUCGUCUGGAGAAAGUUUUACAGGGUGACAUCAGUGAUGUGGUUGGACCAUAUAUGAAAGAUGAUGCGAACCGAGAGAAACUGAAAUCAGCAGCAGUAGCUUGCUGUGAACGACUUGGGAAGUAUCGUAUGCCCUUAGCUUGGACUGCAAUCAACCUCAUGAAUAUUUUCACUGGUGUUCAUGGAGAGCGUGAAAAUGCUCCUGAGAGAGAACCUUCAGGAUCAAAUAGUCUUGAUCGCAAACAGAGCUCAUCUAGUUAUGAUGAACUAAAAAGAAAGAGCGGCUCUGGUUCACUAACUAGGAGAGGGUCUUUAGAGCGGAGAAGUUUCAGUGAAAAGAGGAGAAGCUGGUCACCGGAGGAGUUUGGUGCCUGCCUUGAUUCCUUUCGGCCUGUGACCCUCACCGUGUCAUCAUUUUUCAAACAGGAAGGGGAUAAACUACGUGAUGAUGAUCUCUACAAAUUCCUUGCCGAUCUCAAACGUCCCUCAAAUCAGUUAAAGAAGAAAUGUUUACCAGGCUUGCUCAAGUUGGACAUUUCACCAGUGCGUGACCAGCCCAAGUACUGUCUCACGCCAGAGCUUGUUAAACUUCAUCCCUAUCCAGCAGAUGAUACAGAGGAAGAGGAAGACAAGGAGUAUGAAAAGUGUCGACCCAUUAAAGAGGUUGUUGAAUUCCCACCUCGAGAUAUCUUGGUACCACAUUACUAUUACAGGAACCUUCUUUUUAUAUCUCCUAAGGAUCUCAAUUUCAACAAUAGACCAGGUUCUGCACGAAACAUUACUGUCAAAAUUCAGUUUAUGGCGGGAGAAGAUGAGCUGGCGGCUAUGUCGGUCAUCUUCGGUAAAUCUUCAUGUCCAGAGUUCACAACAGAGGCUCACACUGCAGUCACCUACCACAACAAGUCACCAGAUUUCUAUGAUGAGUUCAAGGUCAAGUUACCAGCUGUGCUUGGAGACCAGCAUCACAUUCUCUUCACAUUUUAUCACAUUUCAUGCCAGAAGAAAAAUGAAGAGAAGACCAUUGAAUCUCCUGUUGGCUACACUUGGCUUCCAGUGUACCGUGAUGGCAGCUUACAGACGGGCGAGCACAGCCUCCCUGUUAUGAUGGAACGACCUCCAAGCAACUAUCCAUAUAUUACUGCAGAUAUCCAGUUACCAGGCACUAAAUGGGUUGACAACCACAAGGGGCUGUUUACUGUGUGUGUUGAGGCUGUUUCAUCAGUCCAUGCUCAGGACAAGCACAUCGACCGUUUUUUCCUAUGUAAGAUGGUUGAAGAGGGCAAUAUUCCUGCACGCAUUGGUGGCAAUAUGGAAGGGGAGCUCAAGAGGGCCAUGGGGGGAUCUCGUAAUUGUCAUGCCGAGCCACUUGUCCGUUUCAUCCCUGUCUUACUGGACCGCCUCAUCUCGCUAUUAGUUUGGCCUCCCAACCUAGCUGGCCAGCUUGUCAACAUUGCCAGCUGCUUUGAAACUAUUGGUACACUUGUUGGUCGUGUUUCGGCUCUCUUGGAAGAAAAGAACGAUCAGCAUGGGCGGAAUAGCACCCUGUUGUCAUAUGUGGCCUAUCAGGCAACACUACCUCAUCCUGAUGAUGGUCCGCCAACUCCUGUACAAUCGCAUUCACAUCCACAUCCCCCGAGCUCUGUGCCUACCCAUCGUAAAUAUUCUCGGAGCAGCAGCAACCCUGAUUUAGGUAUUGAUGUUGACGCAGAAGUAGGAGGAAUCUUUGCUCGUGGGUUGGACAGAACCAACUCCAUGAGAACAGAUGAUGAAGAAAUGUUGGACUUGAAAGGAAGCAAUUACGAAAAUCUUAUAACACUCCAACGGCCAGCAGGGAGGAAAGUAACUCACGAAGAAGUGGCUCUUCAGUGGGUUGUAUCCAAUGGUACUGGGCGAGAGAAAGCUCUGGCUAACUCUUGGUUUUUCUUUGAGCUGAUGAUCAAGUCCAUGACAGAACAUCUUGCCAGAAAUAGUGGGGAAGACAUCUUGCGCAAAAUGAGAUUCUCGCACCAGUUUGCAGAUGAUAUCCAAAAUCUCACUGCAUCUAUCACUAAUGAUAUCAUUGCUUUACACAACAAAGAUGUCAGAGACACCAGGUUUGUACAGAAUGUGAACAGCAGUCUGGCAUUUUUCCUGUGUGAUUUGCUGUCUGUGAUGGAUCGUGGGUUUGUGUUCAUGCUGAUGCAAAAUUAUUGUAGGCAGAUGAGCAACAAGAUAGUUUCUCUACCUGAUGCUGCACCUCUCAUCAACUUGAAGUUGGACUUUGUACGAAUUGUUUGCAGUCAUGAACACUAUGUAGCUUUGAAUCUACCUUUCUGCACUCCACUCUCAGCAUUAUCAGCGCCAUCAUCGCCCUGCCCUUCGAUUGGAUCAACAACUAGUCAGUCAUCAUUCAUCUCAACUGUGUUUGGUGGAAACCGCAGUGCAUUCAUGAUGUUGUCCAGCUCCUUCCGCAAGCAACACUUCUUAGUAGGACUUGUAUUAUCAGAUCUUGCUACGGCUCUUGAAAUCAAUAACCCCACCAUUAUUGGAAGAGCAGUAAACAGCAUCAGAAACCUGCUGACGAGUCACGACACAGACGAUCGGUACACUGAGCCAGAAGUGAAGGCUCGUGUGGUAGCACUAUACCUGCCACUCCUCAGUAUUGUCAUCGAUGCUUUACCACAACUCCACACCUUUGCCAGUGCCAAGUACCGGUACUUAAUGUCAUCUCUUGGUGAUGAGAAUGAGGGAGGACCAACACACAUUCAUCAGAAUGUUGCACUUGCUAUUGCUGGUUCAUCCAUGUUUGCAAAUAAGGAGAGUGACUAUGAUGUUAUUCAAGGGACAACAGAAGAGGAGAUGGAAAAUCAACAACAGCCGCGCAAGUGCCCUUUGAGUUCUGAAACAACACGGAACUUGCUCAUCUGCCUCUUGUGGGUAUUGCGUAAUGCAGAUGAAACGACCCUUCGCCAUACUCUUUCUGAACUACCACAUAAUCGUCUCCAUCAGCUGCUGGAUGUACUUUAUGUAGCAGUCUCUUGCUUUGAGUAUAAGGGAAAGAAGAUAUCUCAUCGUGGUGGUGCAGUCAAUAUCCGAAGCAAAGAGGCCAUGAAGAGUCUUCUUGAGGAAGCCAUCAUGGGCCAGAACUCCGCACGUUCAGAAAUGAUGCUUCGCCGUCGAGGUAACGCUCCCCCCAACACCCCCCAUGUUGUUGGAUUAUCUCAAUUCUACAUCCAAGGGGCAGAGCGUAAUCCCCCUUCACCGUCCGGAACCGGAGAAAAGCUUCGCUGGCGUAAAGAAUCCUUUCCCUGGCGUCACCAUCAACAGGACACUGACCGCUCGCCACAACAUGAGUUAGAGCAGGAGUCUCAGGUUGAGGGCCACCUGGCGGCUGAAGCUAAUAUGGUUAUUCUAGAUACUUUGGAGAACAUAGUUCAGGUUGUAACAAAUGCAGAUCACUUGCAAGGGCUACUCCCUGUUGUGUUUCGAGUAUUGCUUCAUGCUCUCGCCUCCAAUCAGUCAACAUCUACACUUACCAAUAUGUUCAAUACUCAGCGAGCAUUGGUUGCUAAGUUCCCAGGUUUACUUUUUGAUGAAGAAACUGAGCAGUGUGCAGAUUUGUGCCUUCAACUGUUGAAGCAUUGCUCGUCUUGUAUCUGUACUGUCCGAUCCCAUGCUGCAGCAUCACUCUAUCUUCUUAUGAGACACAACUUUGAAAUUGGAAAUAAUUUUGCAAGAGUAAAGAUGCAGGUGACAAUGUCUCUUAGCUCCUUGGUUGGAACAUCCCAGACCUUCAAUGAAGCUUAUUUACGUCGCUCUCUCAAAACCAUCCUCACGUAUGCUGAGGAGGAUGCAGAUCUACAGGACACAUCUUUUCCAGAACAGGUUCGUGAUCUAGUCUUCAAUUUACACAUGAUUCUGUCAGAUACUGUGAAGAUGAAGGAAUAUCAAGAGGACCCAGAGAUGUUGCUUGAUCUUAUGUACAGAAUUGCCCGUGGGUAUCAGAAUUCGCCAGACCUUCGAUUAACAUGGCUUGCCAACAUGGCCCAGAAACACAGUGAAAGAGGACAGCAUGCUGAAGCUGCCAUGUGCCUCAUUCACAGUGCUGCUUUGGUCUCGGAAUACCUGUACAUGUUAGAGGAUUGUCCUCACUUACCUACUGGGGCUGUAACUUUCUGCAAGCUUUCACCCAAUGUGCUAGAAGAAAGUGCUGUGUCUGAUGAUGUGCUUAGCCCAGAUGAGGAAGGAAUUUGUACUGGCAAAUACUUUACAGAAAAUGGGCUUGUAGGUCUUUUGGAGCAAGCCAGCUCAUCACUCCACCAGGCUGGAAUGUUUGAGUGCCUUAAUGAGGUGUAUAAAAUUCUUACUCCUAUUGCUGAGAAAAAUAGAGACUGGAAAAAGCUAAUAAAUAUUUACUCUAAAUUACAAGAUGCAUUUACCAAGAUUGAUGCAUUAGAGGGAAGAAGAAUGUUCGGAACUUACUUUCGUGUAGGUUUCUAUGGUUCCAAAUUUGGAGACCUUGAUGGAGAGGAAUAUAUAUACAAAGAACCCAUGUUGACCAAGCUGCCUGAGAUCUCUCACAGAUUAGAGGGUUUUUAUUCUGACCGAUUUGGUGCAGAAAAUACUGCCAUCAUCAAGGAUAGCAACACAGUUGACAUAACGAAGUUAAGCUCUGAUAAAGCUUGUAUUCAGAUAACAUAUGUGGAGCCGUACUUCGACGAAUAUGAAUAUAGAGACAGAGUCACAUCAUUUGAAAAGAACUACAAUAUAAAGCGGUUUAUAUUUUCAACACCCUUCACGCCUGAUGGACGAGCUCAUGGAGAACUCCAUGAGCAAUACAAACGCAAGACUAUUCUAACUACACAACAUAUGUUUCCUUACGUUAAGACAAGAAUCCAAGUUGUUGACAGAAUGUCGUGGGUGUUAACUCCCAUUGAGGUAGCAAUUGAAGACAUCCAGAAGAAGACCAAAGAAUUAUCAGCUGCCAUCAUCCAGGACCCUCCAGACCACAAGAUACUGCAGAUGGUGCUUCAGGGGUGCAUUGGAACAACAGUUAAUCAAGGUCCAAUGGAAGUAGCUCAUAUCUUCCUAUCAGACCUAAUGGAGAGUAGAAAAUCACCCAGUCAUUUACAGAACAAACUUAGGCUUUGUUUUAAGGAUUUCUCUAAAAAAUGUUAUGAUGCACUACGCAAAAACAAGACACUGACUGGCCCUGAUAUGCGUGAGUACCAUCGAGAGUUGGAACGUAAUUAUGCUCGCUUUACUGAAGGAUUGGCUCCAAUGAUAACAAUAAACCAUCCCACAAGAACUUCAAGCACCACAGUGUCCUCGACACCUAGGUUACGGGUGGCCGUAGGAGUGACAUCUUGGCGUCACUCUACUGGUAGCACGAGUUCGGGGGAAACUUUGGUGUCUGGAGGCUCGGCAGACUCCGACCCAGGGUUAGCCUCUGGGACGGAGUGCUAGGGAUGCCAGCGUUUAGUAAUCGCACUUUAGUAAGGGUUGCACAGCACAUGACUAGGCAAGGAAGUACCUGUAUGACAUCUUGUUCUCAAAGAAGAUUUCUCCACACCAAAAAUUACUGAAGAUCUGAUGCUGUAAAUAUGUAAUAUUAGCUAAUUAGUUUUUUGCAGGUAUUGGAUAUAGUUGAAAAUUGUUGUAUAUACAGUAGUUACCACAUGCCUUGCAAAAUGUUAUUUUCAUUGUCAGUGAGAAAAUUUACUAUAUCAUUUCAUUAUCAUUUAUAGUGCCAAGUUCCUUAAUUGUAAUAGAAAUGUAGUAUAGUAGUUUUAUCACACUUCUUAUAUAACUGUACCAGGUAUUCAGUAGUCUGAAUGAACAAUAAACCAAUAAUUCAGAAGACCUCAACUUAACACACUUCAGAAAUAUGGGAAAAAAAUCUGUUGGGUUAGUUGAUUUAGAAAUGACAAUGUCUGUUUGUUACAGAAUUGUCUACAAUUGUUAAGAUCACUACAAAACAGUCUUAUCUCUGUCCAUUACAGUUGCCAUUAUUGGCCACACUGUCUCCCCAUUAGUAUGUUAAAUUGAGGAUUUACUGUAUUUCUUUUGAUUUAGCUAUGUCAAGCAUUAUUCCCUGGAACAAAGGACCAAAAGAACAUAAAUGUAUUUUACUAUGAAGUUUAGAAGCAUGAGAGGUUUUGUGUGUGUGUGUGUGGGUGUGUGUGUGUGUGUGUGUGUGUGUGCGCGCAAGGCACUACAGUGUAAAUGUUUCCUUAUUGCAGUUAUGUUUUAAAACGUCUUAGUGAUAUUAUAUUUUCUGUUAUAGUUAACUUUUUACAUUGAUAUGUUAGUAAUGCAUCAUCUGGGAAUAUAUUGUUCAUGAAGCUCAAGCUUAACAUUAUUUUUUAAAGAUGAAUGUCUUGUCUUGCAUUAUUAGUUAAUGAUGCUAACCGGUGGAAAUUUACACCAUAAAAAUGUUUUAUUUCUGUUAAACUUCAGACUUCAACAUUGUUUAUGUAUUUAUUUCUACCUUCCUCAUAAAAGUUAUCUUUGAAUAUUCUACAUACAAUACAUAUGAGGUCUUGCAUGGCAAAAAAAAAAGUAAGCACCAGAUUGAAGCAGUGAAGGAAAAUGCAAGGAUGGGGAAGAUCGAAGCUAUAAAGCUUAAGUUACUAUACUUUGUUAUGGGGCUUUGAGCCUAACUUAAAGAUGCAGAAGACAACAUCUACACAUCCCCACAGAUUAAACAUUAAGGAAUUGAUUCAUUCUUUAACCUGGUUUUUUGGCCAUGGUGGUGCUUAUUUUUUCUGGCAUGCAACCCUCGUGUAUACUAGUUGCUUGAAAUUUCUAGUCCUAUCUUUACAUUUUUCAUACCUUCCUUUCUAUUUUCAAAUCAGAAACAAAAAUUCACCUUUCUGAAAUAUUUGUUGACUAUAUGUUACAGUAUUUCUCCUCUUGUGUCAAGAAAUUGCAAAUGCCCAGUAAUCCAUUUUGCUUUAUAAAUUGAUGAAAUUAAGACACAUGUGCAACAUCUGGGUCUCUUUAUUGUAGACGUUUUGCCAUCCAGUGGCUUUAUCAAUACAAAUUCCAGGACAUAACUUGAAGACAGUAGAACUAUAUACAGAAGAUGAGGUAAUCAGUCCCUCAACCUUGGAGUAGGUGCGAAGAGCACCAUAGUUUCCACGACUACAAUGAAGAUACCCAGGUGUUGCACACGUGUCUUAAUUUCAUCUUGUCGGUAUUGUAUACCAUUCUUGUACUGCUUUAUAAACUACUGCCUACAGUUUUUCUACCUUGAAGUUAGCCAGUUUUCGUUGUUCAUGUUUAGGAUACCUUAAUCUCUUGAAAUUAUUUAAUUCAUCUCCUGAUAGUUUUUCAAGCUAAUUUGUUUUUCCAUUUUCAUCCAUUACAAGUGUACAGGUACAUUAGGAAUAAAGCGCAACAGAGCUUUCACAUGCCCAGAUUUUUGCUCUAACUUGAUAGCAUGUCAGUGAAGAACACAUUCAUGAAUUUAUUGCUGCACUGAUACAUUUCUUUUCAAUCCUUUGCUUGUAAAAAAGAAAAAAGCUGGUACUAAAUCUUCACUCUUAUUUGGCACUGGUUUACAUUCGUACUUAAUAUUAAAUACUUGCUUUUAGAUAUAUCUGUUUUCAUCUUUAAUUUUUACAUUCCAUUUCCAAUUAUCUCAUUAUCUUUUACUAUAUUUUAGUUCAUAUGUGAUAAUACUGGGUUUGUGCAUCUCAUGUGCAUGCCAGCUACAAUAUAGUCCAUUAUAGAAAAUAAAAUUACUUACAGUGAUCUCUUGGUCAGAAUAUGGGAAUGCCUAUAAAAAUAACUUCUCUAGGUUAUUAUAAUAGCUAUCAGUAUUGGCUUUGAAUAAUGCAUUGUUUUCCUAUACUUUAUAACUUUGCUACUUAAUUCUAACACCUCUCAUCAUCAUGGAUGUUAAGCUUUAAUUAUUUCUUUCAGUUUUUGCUUUGUACAUUUUACAGUUCAUUGUGGUAGCAUAGUAAUAAUAAUAAUAAUAAUACUUUGGUAGUACUAGGGGUUGACUAGAUACAGUGCCCUAGCAACUGAAACUGCAGAAUAACUGGUUAACCAUGGAUCAUCCUUGAUUCUGGUCAAGGGUUCUUCGCCCAAGGAAUUCCAGCUGACUUCCUCUUUCUCAGAUUGAACCUGAUCACCUUCCAUUUUUCAGGCUCUGUGGGGACCCUAUAGGUUUAAUACUUUAACCCUUCCUCUUAUAUAUCUAAUCAUGCUUUUCAGUGCAACAGGGUUAAUUCCUCACUACUUUUUCAAGCUGGUAGUGUGCUUGGAGACAGUGGAAGACAAAGAGAAAAUCUGCUGCUGCUUUAUACUUACCUUGACUACAUAGACAGGAAGAGGUCAGACUACAGUUAUUUCCUCACAGUAGAUAGGCUAUACACAGAUAACAUACAAAUAGGAGAAUGAAACUUAUGACCACAUUUUGGUCUAACUUGGACCAGUAACUAGUCACAUAAGCACGAAGGGAACGGAGCCAGUAUAUAUAUACAAGAGGGGAAAGGGAGGCUAGUGCCUGAAGAAUAACAGGAGGAGGUUUUAGUAUAAUUGUAGAAGUGGUGGUAGAAGUGGUAGAGGUAGCAGUGGUAGUGGUAGAGUAAUUAGUGCAGCAGUGGAAGAGUUGGCAGUAAGAAGGAAGUAGACUGUAAGGUCUUAUGUUAUUUGCUUUUUCCAUAUAUAGUGGAUUAUCACAAUUUAGAGACAGUUUGGAUGUAUUUUAUUUGUUUCUCUCCUAGUUUUACUUGGUAUGCAUUUGUUUACAAAUAGACAAAAUUUCAUAACACUGUUGGUAGUCUUGUGUCUAGCUUUUUUUUUUUUUUUUUAGUCAUUUGGCAUUUUCCCUGGUGUCUUGCAUAAUGAAAGGGCACUUUUUGUACAUUCUAAUAUCUUUCAUUUGACUUUUUUUUUAAUACUGGUUUGCUAUACAGCAGCCCAUAUUUAUUUUUGCACUGAUACAUGAUCAAUUCAUUAUACCUUUCCCUUUUACCCUGUGUCUUAAGUGCCCACUCUUUGUGUUGGACUAUGCAAAUACUGUAUAGUAAUUUUUAUUAUGAGAGGAUUACUCAUUAACCCUUUCAGUAGUCAUCAUGUAGAACCAGGUCAUUGAGGCCAGGGUCCCUCAUGUGAUUCUACUGCAUGAGCUCGGCUCACUCAGACAAGCUGUGAGCAGUACAUUUUGACUUAGAUAUGGUGACUGUGCACAGUUUGAAAAAAUCCUUCCCCAUGUGGUGCAUGAUGGGAAAAACAAACACUGACCAUGUGGAUGGUAUAAAAUGGCGAAUUUGAGGUAUUUUCUCGGAUGAUUUUUAUGGUUUCAUUGGCUGUUUCUUAGUAUAAUUUGAUAGAAUGGAAGACAUAUAAAUGGGAUAGAGAUUAUUUUGAUUGAUUUCAUGACCAAAAGUAGCUUAAAAUUGAGCUCAAAAUAGUGGAAAUAUUCAAUUUUUGCCAAUAUUCCAGAGGGCGGGUAAGACCCUGCUACACCUCUCUCCCCCUUCCCCCAGUCUGUUUUUUAAUAGGUAUGAUUCAAUUAUUGGGACACUGUAAACUAUAACCAAUCAUUCCUGGUUAUUUUUUAUUAUGAGCAAAAGGCACAGUACCAUGACUGGAACAAUACACAAAUAACCUGCACAUAGGAGAAGCUUAUGACGAUGUUUUGGUCCAACUUGGACCAUUUACAAAGUCACACUAACACAAAAGAGGGAGGGAGCCAGUCCUUAUCCCUCUUGCCUAUAUAUACUGGCUCCCUCGCUCUUCUGUGUUAGUGUGACUUUGUAAAUGGUCCAAGUUGGACCAAAACAUUGUUGUAAGCUGCUCCUAUGUGCGGGUUAUUUGUGUAUAUUUUAUUAUUCAAGAAACAUAGUAAAUCUUUUAUUUUUGUAUAAUUAAAAUUUAGUUCAGAAUGGAAGUCAGGUGUAAUAUAGGUGAAGCCUGGGAAUGUGAUUAAUAAACAGAAAUGUGUACAUGGUUUAUUUUGCCUUCUAUUUUGAAACUAUUAUUUUUUAAUUUUGUGUAAAAUUGACUAAAUUACUGACUGCUGUGCACUUUAUAUGGUAGUUGCAGUAGAUCUGUAUGCAGUUUCUUGUGCUCAGUCAAUAGAUCAGAAGGCAUGCUAGCAAAAUAGCUAAGAAUUUCACCAAAUGAAGCACUAGAAUUGGCUUUCAAAAGUACUCAAAGUUGGCAAAAUCUCCAGUAAGCAAAUUGUACCAAGACCGCUAACUUUGCAUGUGCGUAAUUCUGUAAGUUUUUUUCCAUCAAAUUUUGUACUUUAGGUGUCAUUAUCUUCAGAAGAAGAUUCUCUACCAUUUCUGAAGAAUAAAAAAUUUUUAUAUAUAUAUUUUUUUUAAAAGUGGGCACUGAGAGCAAUAUUAAUUUUGGGGUCUGGACAGUGGAAAGUGUUAAAAGUGCAGUUUAGAAAAUGGCUGACCUUCAUGAUUUGUUCAUUAGGUCUAUGCUGUUCUCUUGUCUUUAUGUAGUCUUUUCUAUGCAUAUUCUAUAUUUGGUGCUUCUGCAGUUAUAAUCAGCAUUAAUUCAUUGUUUUAUUUACAGUGGUGUUUUCAUAAUUUCCUGGUAUAUCUUCUCUGUUGCUAUGAACUUUGUCUUAACAUUUUUCACUCUGCAUGGGAAGAAAUUAUCAUUCAUUUAAAGCAUUCCUUUAUCUUCUUUAUUAUAUACUCAUUCUAGAGCACUUUGUAAAGUCUUAACUUUAUACAUCAUUUUUCUUCAUCACUCUUUUAUGUACCGUAUGUUAUUUGCCUUCUUUUAUUCAUAAAAUAUAUUUUGCAUUGUAUUUACUAAUUUUCUAAAUUAUUACAUAUAUUUAUAGCUGGUCAUUCAUUGUAACAUUAAUAGGAAAAUAUUCUGAAUGACCAGUUGUAAUUAAAUGCUAUUUAUACUACAGUUGGUUACAUUUAUGUGAGAAGAAAUGAUUACUUUAGAUUGAUUCUGAUUCAGGGGAAAAAUAAGAGAUGGCGGUAUAAAGGAUAUGUUAGAAGAUGUAAGGAGUGUAGGAUAUUGAUAUUUGUUCACUACUUCUAAACAAUGUUGAAGAGAGACAAGGACAGUGUUUCUAAUUCAUAAACGUUAGUGUGAGAAAGUUUGAAAUUGGGAAGUAUUAUGCACAUUGAUAUUGUCAAGCAUAGUAAAGACAACAUUUUUUUAAUAAGAAAUGUACUGCCAUUAUCAUAUUGAGGAAUGUGAGAUUGUUGUGAUUUAUGGAAUGAGUUAGGUGUAAUUUGUAUGAAGGUGUAUUUUGUAGACAGCAGAAUGCCUGAGUUAGACCAGGUAAAUAUACUUGUAUAAAAUGCAGUAUGAGUAGAAUUUUGCUUCCAAAAAGAACUUUUUUUUUCUUUUUAUAGAGAACUGUGUAGAUAAUGCUGGUAUUGUGCCAUGGCAUUAUAGGUAUCUUAUCCUACAGGUUGUGCAUUCCAGCAGUGAUGCAUAUAUUGUCCACUACAUGCUAGCAGUGAUACAUAUAUUGUCCACUACAUGCUAGCAGUGAUACAUAUAUUGUCCACCACAUGCCAGCAGUGAUACAUACAUUGUCCACCACAUGCUAGUAGUGAUACAUAUAUUGUCCACCACAUGCUAGAAGUGAUACAUAUAUUGUCCACCACAUGCUAGUAGUGAUACAUAUAUUGUCUACCACAUGCUAGCAGUGAUAAACAUAUUGUCCACCACAUGCUAGCAGUGAUACACAUAUUCUCCACCACAUGCUAGCAGUGAUACAUAUAUUGUCCACUACAUGCUAGCAGUGAUACAUAUAUUGUCCACCACAUGCCAGCAGUGAUACAUACAUUGUCCACCACAUGCUAGUAGUGAUACAUAUAUUGUCCACCACAUGCUAGAAGUGAUACAUAUAUUGUCCACCACAUGCUAGUAGUGAUACAUAUAUUGUCUACCACAUGCUAGCAGUGAUAAACAUAUUGUCCACCACAUGCUAGCAGUGAUACAUAUAUUGUCCACUAUAUGCUAGCAGUGAUACAUAAACAUAUUGAAAUAACACAUUGGAACUCUAAUAUUGCCUCUGUUCAAAAAUUAUUAAUAUAUUUGACAUACAAAAGAUAUUUUAACCUUGAGUAUAUUAAUGAUGUACAUUCAACUGUUCAGGGAUCUUAAUUAUUCCUUCAGUAAAAUUCUUCCAUUUCUGUUCCUGCAAAAAUGUUCAGGUUUUUUGAAAAUUUUUAUUUUAUUAUUAUUGUAUCAGUUUUAAUUAUAGUGCUGCACUUUAGCAUAGUAUUUUAACAUACAUUUACAUAUUUGAAUAAAAUUGGCAGAGGUUUUUCCAGGCAGUAUUAUGAAUAUAUUUCUGAAUAUUAGUAUAAAAUCAUUGUUAAGAACUAAAAUUCCAUAAACAUCUAUUACAUCUAGUCUGUAGUUAGUAUCAAGGGAAAUAUACAUCUUAUUGCCAUAUUGGUAAAGAUAACAUUAAUUCUAUUGUUCUCUAUUACACUAUUGAAUUUGUAUUAUCUUUAGAAAUAAAACUGAAAUCAGUAGUAUGUAGAAUUGCAGUAGUAAGAGGAGAGAUUGGCAAUCAUCAUAUUGGGUACUUUGCUUAAGAAUUAAAUUUUAAUACAUGACUAUUAGUAAGUUUAUAUCAAAUAGAAACAUAAAUUACAGUUCGCUAAUCUAUGUACUGUACACAUCCCUCCGUUUUCUUCAGUGUUUACCAAAGAUUUUUAAAUAACUUA